CCGGCGGUUGGCCUGGCAGGGGUAGGACGGCGGUAGGAGCUGGGCGCGCACGGUUACCGAGCGUGGAGGAGACACUGCCCUGCGGCGAUGGGUGCCAGGGGCGCUCCUUCACGCCGGAGGCAGGCGGGGCGGCGGCUGCGAUACCUGCCCACCGGGAGCUUUCCCUUUCUUCUCCUCCUGCUACUUCUCUGCAUCCAGCUCGGGGGAGGACAGAAGAAAAAAGAGAAUCUUUUAGCUGAAAAAGUAGAACAACUGAUGGAAUGGAGUUCCAGGCGCUCAAUCUUCCGAAUGAAUGGUGAUAAAUUCCGAAAAUUUAUAAAGGCACCACCUCGAAACUAUUCUAUGAUUGUUAUGUUCACUGCUCUUCAGCCUCAGCGGCAGUGUUCUGUGUGCAGGCAAGCUAAUGAAGAAUAUCAAAUACUGGCUAACUCCUGGCGCUACUCGUCUGCCUUUUGCAACAAACUCUUCUUCAGUAUGGUGGACUAUGAUGAGGGGACAGAUGUUUUCCAACAGCUCAACAUGAAUUCUGCUCCUACAUUCAUGCAUUUUCCUCCAAAAGGCAGACCAAAAAGAGCUGAUACUUUUGACCUUCAAAGGAUUGGAUUUGCUGCUGAACAACUAGCAAAGUGGAUUGCUGACAGAACGGAUGUUCAUAUUCGAGUCUUCAGACCACCCAACUAUUCUGGCACCAUAGCUUUGGCCCUGUUAGUGUCACUCGUUGGCGGUUUGCUCUAUUUAAGAAGGAACAACUUGGAAUUCAUCUAUAACAAGACUGGCUGGGCCAUGGUAUCUCUGUGUAUAGUCUUUGCUAUGACUUCUGGGCAGAUGUGGAAUCAUAUUCGUGGACCUCCAUAUGCUCAUAAGAACCCACACAAUGGACAAGUGAGCUACAUUCACGGAAGCAGCCAAGCUCAGUUCGUGGCAGAGUCACACAUUAUUCUGGUACUAAAUGCUGCUAUCACCAUGGGGAUGGUUCUUCUAAAUGAAGCGGCAACAUCCAAGGGAGAUGUUGGAAAAAGACGGAUAAUUUGCCUAGUGGGAUUAGGCCUGGUGGUCUUCUUCUUCAGUUUUCUACUUUCAAUAUUUCGUUCCAAAUACCACGGCUAUCCUUAUAGCUUUUUAAUUAAAUGAAGCCAAGUGGGAUUUGCAUAAAGUGAAUGUUUACCAUGAAGAUAAAGUGUUCCUGAGAUAUAGUUUGAAUUCUUGAGUUCAUAUCCACGUUGAUUGUGAUAAUUCUAGCUUAUUCUUGUACAAUUUUUGAAAUGUGUUUUCCUAGCCAAUUUAAUUUAUAGAAGUGGAUAGUUAAGAUUCAUAUUAGCACUGGAAAGAACAAGAAAUACUGAAGUGUUUUCAAGCAUAUUAUAUUCAGUGUAUGCUGUAGGACUGAAAUAAAUGACAAUGUAAUUAUGAAUUCAUGUGUUAGAACUGUUCACUCAUUAGUAAAGAAAACCACAAUGUUAGUAAGGGAAAACUAUGAAAUAUAUGUUAAAGAAUCCUUAAGGUUGUACAGAGAUAAGGUAUAUGCAUGAAAAUAUGUCACAUACUGAGAAAAUAUAUUCAAUGUCAUUUCAGUAUAAAGGAUGUGUGUAUGGUUACAAAUGUUUUGUUCUUAUUAAUUACAAUUAGAGGCAGGGAGCUGGAUGAAUAGUGCCUACAACUUAGAAGCUUAACCUGGGAAAUGGGAGGUUUUUUCCCAGGACGUAAAUUUUAAAAACGAAUAGGUCUAAAUCAGUAAGCUUGAAGGUAUUAGGUGAUGGAAGCAACACACCAGAACUAGAAAUUAAUUUCCUCUCUAAAUUUAGAAGGGUCACCCAGGAAUCCAGACUUGUUACUGCAAAACUAACCUGAUGGCCAUUUUCCCCAUGUAUUAUAUGGAAGAAGUUUGCCAUCAAAACUUCCUUCCCUGAAUCCAGAUAAAAAUUAUCCUAUACAUGAGUGACUCAGUGAAGCUUUUUUGAAAACCAAAUAUUGGAGUCUAACCAUUACUAUGUUUGUAUAUCCUCUUUUAGUUUAUAAAGCACUUUGGCAUAUGUUAUUUUCUUUACAACAACCCUAUAAAUUAGACAGGAUUUAAAAAUUUUUUCUGACUUACAGAAGUUUUAGAAGCUGGAAGCCAGAAAGAAUAGAAAAAUAGGGCUUAUAAACUGGGCUUUAGAACUCUCAAAUCUGAAUUUUUAUUUUCGUUGGUGCUAAGGAAGAAUUU